UAGGUUUUUGACCUUUGAUUUGUGAAGCCUCAUGAAUUUCUUCAAUAUGGAUUGGGUUGCCUAGAGAUGUUGGCUGAUAUUGGGGACUCAUGUGCCAAAGAGACUCGUGAAAAGCUAAGGGUUGUGGUUGUAGGAGGUGAUGGCACGGUUGGUUGGGUCUUGGGAAGCCUGGGAGAGCUUCAUAAACAAGGGCGGGAACCAGUUCCGCCAACAGCAAUUAUUCCACUUGGUACAGGAAAUGACUUGUCUAGGAGUUUUGGUUGGGGUGGCUCAUUUCCGUUUAACUGGAAAUCAGCAGUCAAACGAACUCUCGACAGGGCUAGUACAGGUUCAAUAUGCUGUUUAGAUAGAUAUUUCUAUAUUGAUGAUGCUGGUAAUGUCAGUUCCAAGGAAAUCAAAUAUUGCUUCAAAGGUUGAUUCUCCAAAGCCAUUGGUUUUCUACCAUGUUCAUGUGCAGAUAAUGAAUAUCUAAUUGAUUAUUAUUUUUAUUUUAUUUUAAUAUUUGAUAAGUAAGAUCACUAAUUUUAGGCGUCUCUGGCUGCCCAUUGUUUGCUUUGGUUGAUUUGGUUGGAGCGCAAUAGGCGUGUCUUCCAAGACGUGUGCCAUUCAGUUUAUUGGUUAGAGAAUUGGCUUUUGUUGGUAUUGCAUAGUUGGGUUACGGGUUCGGUUGAUCCCGAUGUUUUGGUUUUUGUAGAUUUUGUAGAGGAUUUGCUUAGUUAGUCUUGGUGGCCCUUUUGCGAGUGUUUUGUAUUAGUUGCAUCGCCUUGAUGCUUUUCUAAUGAAGUUUGCUUAUUUAUCAAAAAAAAGAAAAAAGAAAAAAGAUCACUAAUUUUAGGGUUGCCCCCAUGCCACCUCGGAUGUCCCAGACUUCCACUGGCUUUUUGGCUUUUAUGAAAAGACGUAUAGAAAAGUAGAGAGAGUAAUGUGAUUGGGUCCAAAAAGCCAACACCCCAAACGGUACCUAAUGUU